UGAGGCAGCAGACGGCGAGGGAGACCACCGUGGCGCUGUCUCAGCGCUUGGUCAUCUUUGGAAAGGAGUCAACAUUCUCAGAUGACUGAGCCGCUGAAGACACAUCCACCAGAGGUCGUCCUGGAGACAACGAUGUAGUCUUAAUUCAGCCUCCCAGGAACCUACACGACGUUCAUCUGAAGUCUCUACGAAACAUUUCCUCUCCACUAUGCUGAUCUUGGACUUCUUCGAGCCUGCAGGAGAAGUGCAGAAAUGGAGGACAUUAACCCCCAAGAACGUCACUCUGGAUCCCCGGGUGGAAGAUGUACGGAACGCUGCCUAUGGAAUCAUCGCUCCUCUCAUAGUCUCGGUGGGGAUGCUGGGCAACCUGCUCACCAUAAUCAUCUUGAGACUGCCACAGUUUCGAGGUGUGACUUACACAUACUUCCUAGCGCUGGCGAUCAGUGACUUCCUCUCAUUGCUGUUCUGUAUCUCAGUCAUUCAACAUAUCCUGACGGGCGGCACUCACCACUAUUCUAUGGCUGUCUGGUACUCCUACUGGGAGAUCUUCUUCACCAACAUCCCCAUGAGUUCGUCUGUUCUUAUCGUCCUGUGUGUGACUAUAGACAGGUUCUUCUCUGUGUGUCGGCCAACAGACUUCAAACGAAUUCACACGAGUCACUACGCCCGCGCGGGGAUCGUUGGUUCAGUUGUUACUUCGGUGGUCGUGUGGCUGCCAACGUGUUUCCUCAAGGAACCUAAACCAUACGACGAAUGCGAGACAUUCAUGUUUGAGGCACCAGACAACGGGACGUGGUGGGUAGCUUGUAUAAGCUUAGAAAUUCGGAAAAAUCCCUUUUACAUCGCCUACACUUGGUUAAGGCAAACAAUUGUAACAUUUGUACCGAUAAUCGUUCUCCUGGCACUGAACACUCUCAUUCUUAAGGAAUUCGUAAGGAUACGUAAGAUGAAAGAUAAGAUGACGAGAAACGAGCCUCUCUCUUUAGAUAUCUUAGCGGCGGAAGGUCGACGUCGAGAGGAACACCACCUGAUCAGCUUGCUGACGGCGGUCAUGAUAUCCUUCUUCAUUACCUUAGUGCCUUCUGGAAUUUGUAAUGCAAUAUACACCGAAGUCCUUGCUACUCGGCUGACCUUCGAAGUCUUUAGGGCCGUCUCAAAUGACUUGGAAAUACUAAAUCAUGCGCUCAACUUCUACAUGUAUAUCUUAUGUAGCAAACCUAUUCGAGAGGCCAUAAAAAUUUCCUUCAGUCGCCUAAAGUGUCUAUCGCGCAAAGCAAAGGUUUCUUGUGUCGUGGUUGAAGGCCAUGGGUCAUUCACGAAAGACGCAAAGAAAGCUUGGCCUCAGAACACAGCCGACACCACAGACAGCACCCUCCGUCGUAAGCCAGAAGACUCUUGUGGAGAUAAACGGACUCCUAGAGAAAAAUCCAAAACCAUAUCGAGAGAUACGCAGCCAAGUGACAUUAUCUCAGGCAGAGGCUCCAGCUCAGACAAUUUCUCUGGAAAAUUAAGUUUUUGCACUGAUGUGGAACGUUUAGCACCGAAGCCCAGAACCGGGUCGACGGACACUUUAUACUCUUGGGGAAGCUCUGUACACGAUGACAUUAAGACUACAGAAUGUGACACAAAUGACAAAUCGUUUGGCUGUAAAGGUACCCAGCAUCGUGCAUCUUGUGGGGAGUCUGGAGGUUCUCUGCCCCUAACAGAGAACACUGAAGUGCCCUUCUCCAGUAAUGGGCCCCGAGCGCUGGAAAAUAUGAAUUCAUUUGCCAACCCGACAUUUAGAUUUGAUGUAGAUGGGCGAGGCUGAUUCAGUGUUCAGUUGCAGUAUAUAAUUGCGGCAAUUAACUUCGACAUAAAUACGUUUAUAUUUGCUGGAACUAAUAUAUUUAACUGCAGUAAUCAUAAAAACAGUGAUUAAGAAAAUGCUUUGAUGUUAUCCAGUCAAAUAUAAUGAACAAGGCUUAUAAAUUAUAAGCAUAUUUCUCCAGUCCAAGUAAUAAACAUAUAGGAUAUCUAACCAGAAUGAACAAUGGAGAAUAAUACUGUACAUAUGCUUAAAUACACGUUGAAUAAACAUUUUUCUUGAGAGCUUUGACAUAAAUUGUCUCUACCACCAUAAGUCUCCAAUUAUUCUCACAGGCUUGUCUGGUACAAACGUACAUAUAUGAACAUGGAAAGAAUACUAUAGGAAAAUACAAGUAUAUUUAGGUUGCAGUACGAGGUCAACAUCAGCAGAAGCUACGAGGUAGAGAGAGAGAGAGAGAGAAAGAGAGAGAGGUAUGCAUAUCCAUAAGAGAAUCAGAUCCAGUAGCCUAAGGGUGAGCGUGGGAACGUGUAAUAACAGAUAAUACGAGACGGAUAACAAGAUAUCGAGUAGUGAGCUGCUCCUAAGACUGCCUUUAGCGAAGUCCGAGUCGAACUUUUUGUUUUAUUUUUAAGAACUCAUCACUAGGCGAAGGCUAGGACACUUACUUCUCUUUCUCUUCCUAUCUAAUCAUCACGUGCACUCCUGUAUUUUAACCAGAGGAUUAUUAUGUUAUUUUGUCAUCGUAUUUUAUGCAACAAAUUAAAUACAAUUAGUGGUGGAUUGUUGAACCUCUGUCUGCUACAUGAUUACCUAUCAAUACAUCUAGAAAGUUUGAGUAAACAGUGAAGAACAUACCCGAUGAAGUGAGCCGAAGAAAGAACUUGAUGUGGUACUCGGUGAAGGGAUGCAACUCACUAAAGGGAGUCGAUAAAGGGAACCAAUGGUGAGCAGAUGUUUUACUCGGUGAAGGAGCGCAGUGAAGUAACCAGUGAAGGAACCUGAUGUGCUAUCCCAUGAAAGGAAACAGAUGCUGCGCAAAUAACACUGCCCAACAAAUGUUCCAAUUCACAUAUAAAAGCGUGUAUUUCUAACUAAUUUUGGGACCCUGAAUUCCAGUCUGAACUUAAUUUUGUUCCGAACGUACAGUUUUUGUGAAUUAGAACCCCACGGUGAACGAUUUUACUAUCAUGAAGAAGAGACACCAA